AUGAAUACACGACCGGUGCUCGAUUCCUACACUGGGCCCUUCGCGCUCUCUGCCUCAUUCAAUAACGAUAACAGCCAUUUCUCGGUUGCUCUAUACGAUGGGUUUCGCGUCUUCAACUCCCGCACUGCCGAGCUCACGCUCGCGCGAGAAUUCGGAGGGGGCAUCGGAUCUGUGGAAAUGCUUGGAAUAACUCGAUACAUGGCCCUCGUCGGAGGUGGACGGCAGCCUAAAUUCCCCCAGAAUAAAGUGAGAAAUCUGAGCCCCCAAGACGUGCUGGAGUGGGACUUCGUACACGCUGACCGGUACGAGGUACAAAUCUGGAACGACAAGACCCAGGUUGUCGCCGCGAGCCUAGAGUUCAAAACCGCUGUGCAACGCGUUCGCAUAUCCCGGACCCACCUCGUUGUCGUCCUACUCAACAGCGUCAAGAUAUACAAGAUGAGGAGUCCACCGGUCAAGAUUGCAGAAUAUGAAACGGUAGACAAUCCAUUGGGCUUGUGUUGUCUGGGAACGAACAUCGUCGCGUUCCCCGGUCUGACUCCUGGCCAAGUGAAGGUGUUCAAUCUGGAAGCUGAAAAUAUCACCAUUCUACCGGGCCAUCAGUCCCCAUUGCGCGCCAUUGGACUGAGCCAAAAUGGAGACAUGGUGGCUACCGCAAGCCGACAAGGGACGUUGAUUCGCCUCUGGUCGUAUCCUAGCGGUUCGAAAAUCACCGAAUUCCGACGUGGCAUUGAUCCUGCUGUCAUCUUGUCUUUGGCCUUCUCCCCGAACGGACGCAUUUUGGCAGCAACCUCUGACAAGUCGACUUUGCACCUCUUCGACGUGCCUCACGACCCCACAGCUGAACCUAACCCGAACACUCAGCGAUGGGGUAUCCUGGCGAAGGUUCCACUUCUCCCUCGCCAGUUUUCCGAUACAUAUGCAUCUGCAACGAUCAAAUUCGAGCUCGGCGAUGACCCGGUAGGUGCAGCUGCGGAGCGCUACAGCACAAUGAACGCAUUGAUACCUGGAGUCCCAGGAGGAACUCCCACCAAAGGUCUGGCAGGUUGGCUGGACGAUCAUACAUUGGUGAUUGUCAGCGCUGGUAAAGACGCGCGAUGGGAAAGAUUCAUCGUUGGCGCCGACUCUGAGGGGCGCUGUUUGGUAGGUCGAGAAGGCUGGAAGAGGUACUUGGAGUAG